GCGCAGCCUUAGACCCUCCGGCGCAGACUGACUCCUCGGGGGUGCGCGCGCAACUCUGGCGCUCCCGUCCGGACUGACUCCUCCGGGGUGCGCGCGCAGCCCAGAACCUUCCUGCCCGGGCUCGCGCGAGCUGCACCCAGGGGCUCCCCGGGGUGCGCGCGCCGCCGCCCGGGCUCCAGCUUGGGCUGCAGCCAGUCUCGAGGUUCUGCCUGUGAGUUGCGGUUUAAACUAGAGCACGUGUUGCAGACCGCCAGGCCCCGGAAGGCUCUGCACUGAGCUGACCUUGACCUUCCGGCCCGGCCCCCCAGGAGCUGCGUUCCAAAAGCCGGGUCUUUCAAGCAAGCAUCCAUUGCUUAGCGCUGGGAUUAACACUUAGACCCAGCCCCGCCCCGAGCUCGACAUGCCUGCGGGCGUGCCGUGGCCCACGUACCUGAAAAUGGUGGCGGCCAGCAUGGCGGCCAUGCUGGCGGGGGCAGAAGUGGUGCACAGGCACUACCGACCCGAUCUGACUGUACCUGAAGUCCCCCCAAAACGUGGUGAACUCAAGACAGAGCUUCUGGGGCUGAAAACCAGAGAAGAGCGAGAUCAGAUUUCUCAUCAGGAGUGAUCUCCACGGGCAGCAUUUGACGCAGAGACUUUCACUGUGUUUUUAUACAUGCGGACAGUCAUUUUCCUUACGCUCGGGGUUCUCCAUGAACAUUAGUAAAUUCAGCUGUAUUUGUGGUAUGACUUGUGUGACCUGAGAACUAUUUGAAUGAACUCUCCUCAGCCUUUGCAAUGUACUUUGGAAGCUAUUUAAGUUGGUUCUGGAUAUAAUGUAAAUUACACGUAAAAUAUUUUGGAAUUAAAACUUUUGUGUUGACUUCUCA